CGGAAGUGGACGGCUGCCAUGUUUGUUUCAGUGCUGCUAGACUGCUGCCCUUGUAAAGAUUGUGCACAACAUGACAACCCAGGUUGAAAUUCCUGCUUGAGGUGCCCUCAAGACUCAGAUGCUACCAGCUGAUGUUUGCUGCACUUAACCUGCACAAAAUCAAGGACAAAUAAAAGGCGACAUGGCGUCUCAUCUCUUGAAGUUCUCCAGACUACUUCUGAAAUAUCGCACCCCUUUGAUCAUUGCGAGCUGUGGAGGGGUGUUUACAGUCAACAUGGUCUAUCAUGUUCUCCCUGAUGUGUCCUACCGACGGCUGUAUCAGGCCUGGUACAAAGGAGAACCAGUCACACUGUCUGAAAAGUUACAGGAGCUUUUCCAGCAGGUGCUGAAGGAUUACGGUAUCAGCUCAACCAAUGAUUUCUCUGCCUUUGCCUCCUUUGGGUUCCAUCCGGUCGGUGCUGGUGUCCCUUGGCUCCCUGCUGGGGCUCAAAUUGGCAUCCCAGCAAACUUUAACAGCACAGCUGAUGACUCAGGUGGAAUCACCAACCGCAGCAUUUUCAUCAAUGGCGAAACAGUGGACUGGAGCAGCGAGGCUGGCUCAGCACUAAAGGAAGCACUGGUGUUUUCCCCCGAGGCACAGAAGUUCGCUAUAGCACGGGAGGUUGCCCGUUUGCAGAAUGGAGCACCUGUUGUCAGUGCUGCUGUGGCCCCAUUCUGUCUGGGUGGAGUGUGGGUGUACAGUGUGGUGCUGAAGCAGGUGUUUGGUCUCCAUACUGGACCUUUACUGCUUCGUGGCGCAACGAACGCUUUGGCAAUGGGCCUUGGUGCCAUAUCUUACAUACUCACUACAGACGCUGUGAGCUAUUGGAUUGACUGUAGCUCAGACAGAUGUGCAGCUGGAGUGUCGCGUGAUUAUGCCAAAGGAGGGGUGGAAUUUUAUGAUAAGAUCCUGUCCAGAAACAAGACUUUGCGUUCUUUGAUGGGCCAGAAGGGAGAGAAGAUGUAUGCUGCCAGUGGAAACUUGUUUCCUGCUAACCUCCUUCAGCUGAAACACACACCAUACACAUCCAGGAGAGACGGGAUCCUUACUCUGCUGAAAGCGGAGAAAGUUUGACAACAAAAGGAAGGGGAGCUGUUGUGCUGAGAAAUAAAUUCAGAGUUUCUGCAACUCACAUGAACCUAUUAUAAAUUAUCUCAAUAGAUUAUAGUGAUAUGUGAGCAUGAGCUUUGAUUAACAGAACAAUUCUCAUGACAAGAACUGGUGCGCCAUACAUUUAGUGUCCAAAGUGACUAACCUGUUUAUGUGACUGUUAUUCAACAAAUCAUUCUGGCCCGAGUGUUCAAAUAAACAAACGUGUUCGAUAAGA